CACUCCCUCCCUCCGCUGUCAGCAGCCCUGCGCGGUUCAAACUUCCACUCACUCCUCCUCCUGCCUCCGUCCCGUCUUCUCCUCUCUCCGCUUCCCGGACUUUACUUGUUUUUUAAAAGUUAAACACGGUAAACAAGCUUGUUGUGUGUGUGUUUUUUUUAUAGCAGCGUGUAGUCACAGGAGCGUGAGCAGCGGGAGGAGACGCCGUGUUUUCCCCGCUCGCAGCUGGGGAGCCGCGGGGGGAAAUGUCCAGCUGAGAGCCGGAGAAAGAGCAGGGCCUGUGUCUGUAAUGAUUGAUCAAAGCUCGGACAAUGGCGCUAAAGGGACAUGUUGUAUAUGACUUCACUGCUGAGCCAGGAAACAACGAACUGUCAGUGAAAGAAGGAGAGACGGUCACGAUCACCAAUCAGCAUAUCGGAGGCGGUUGGAUUGAAGCACAGAACUCCAAAGGGGAGGUGGGACUGGUGCCAGAGGACUACAUCGAGAUUGGUAAACCGAUCCCAGGAGCAGGAACCGCUGCACCUACUCAAAGUGUGGGAAAUGUUGCACCCCCAGACCUGACCUUCUUUGAUACCUAUGCUCCUGCAUCAACACCUGCACAGAACCAGGCGAGUAACGGUAAUGAUCCGUGGUCGGUGUGGAACACGGACCCCUCAGGGGGCUCCAACAACAACUGGGCGUCAAAUCCAGAGGGCACCCAGACUGGGAAGAAUGCGGCCGACCCCUGGGGCUCCGUACCACAGGGUCACCCUCAGGCUUACCAGGGCCCCGGAGCGGAGGAUGAUGAGUGGGAUGACGAGUGGGAUGACGUGAAGUCCAGCGGAGGAUACUCCGAGUCAGACCCUGGAGAUGGUGGAGCCAUGCAGAGAGGUGGAGCUCACGCCACUUCAAUGAAAAUCUCCCUCAACAAGUUCCCAGGGUUCUCCAAGUCGGGGCCGGAGCUCUACCUUCUAAGCAAACAGCUCGCUAAGGGCAAAGAAAAACUAACAAUCUAUAUGGGAGAAGUUGGUCCUGUGUGGUCUUACCCAGAGGCUCAGCUCGACUGUGUUGUGGCUGAUCCCAAGAAAGGGUCAAAGCUGUACGGCCUCAAGAGCUACAUCGAGUACCAAGUCACAGCCAGUACCACAAACCGAACAGUCAAUCACAGAUACAAGCACUUUGAUUGGCUGUACGAGCGGCUUCUCGACAAAUUUGGGUCCGCUAUCCCCAUCCCCUCUUUACCGGACAAGCAGGUAACAGGUCGUUUUGAGGAGGAGUUUAUUAAGAUGCGCAUGGAGCGGUUGCAGGGCUGGAUGACCAGGAUGUGCAGACACCCGAUUCUUUCCAGUAGUGAUGUUUUCCAGCUUUUCCUCACCUACAAGGAUGAGAAGGACUGGAAGACGGGGAAGAGAAAAGCAGAGAAGGACGAGACGGUGGGAGUGAUGAUCUUCACCACGAUAGAGCCUGAAGCUGCAGACCUAGAUCCUGUAGAAGUGGAACAGAAGUGCGAGCAGUUCAGCAGGUUUACUAAAGCCAUGGACGAUGGCGUGAAGGAAAUCCUCACAGUGGGAAACGAGCACUGGAAGAGAUGCACAGGCCCUCUGCCAAAAGAGUACCAGAGAAUCGGCAAAGCCUUUCAAAACCUCUCCUCAGUCUUCACCAGCAGUGGAUACCAAGGUGAGUCAACCCUGACUGACGCCAUGACCGCAGCAGGGAAGACGUACGAGGAGAUCGCUCAGAUGGUUGCAGAGCAGCCGAGGAAAGACCUCCACUUCCUCAUGGAGACCAACAAUGAAUACAAGGGUCUUCUUGGAUGUUUCCCAGACACCAUUGGAGUUCAUAAGGCAGCCAUAGACAAGGUGAAGGAGGGCGACAAGCUGGUGGCCACCAGUAAAAUUACUCCUCAGGAGAAAGUGACCAUGGCGAAGCGAGUCAGCACCAUGUCUUACACUUUACAAGCUGAGAUGAACCACUUCCAUAGCAACCGGAUCUAUGACUACAACAGGGUCAUGCAGUUGUACCUGGAGGAGCAAGUCAAGUUUUACGAGACGAUUGCUGCAAAGCUGAGAGAGGCACACGGUCAGUUCACUACGAUGUGAGAGCCUUCAGCGUCGCACUACAAGACAAGAAGAGUAAAACCCCAGCUCGACAACCCGAAAUAUAUUUACUUAUUCUGCAUUCAUUUGCCUCUUUCCUUUUUAAUUUAAAUGUCACUUCUCUCUAUUUGUUUUGCUCUCACCUCAUCGCCUCCUUCUGUACGGACCCAGCUCACGGUGUUACAUUUGUCAGCUAAGAAGAUUCUGAAUAGUUUCUGAACAUGUGCAAACGCUGGAAAGACUUCGGCUCUUGUGUGCGCUUUCAUUUUUUGUGGAUCAGAAAUGAGAGCAGAAUGAGAAACACUAUUUACUCUCAUCCUUUCCUCUGUCCAAGGUCCAGAGCUUGGGAUACAGGAAGCACACAUCCGAGUUACAGUUAUUGUCGGUGAAUUUUCUUCAUUGCAUGAGUCACACAUGAGGUUUUCCUGAUUCAAUUCAAGUUUUAAGUAAACUCCGUUUGUCAAUCUUGAUUCCAUGAAAAACAAAAGGUAAAGAUGCACAUGUAGCAAAACCGUUACCUUCACGAUUAUGUGGUGAUGUAGUAAAAAUAAAAACCAAAGCCUUUCUCCCUCCUGUCACAAGGGGGGAGCUGAUUUUUUUAAAGGUAGGCUUGACGGCAUAUCACAGCUUUAGUGCCCGUUUCUUCGUUUAUGCAAAUGUUGCCUGACAUUGUUAGAAGCAGUGGAGCUUUCCUUAAAGUCCUGGAUGAGUUGGCGAAGGCAGAGUGCGUCUCUUCUGUACGUCCACUGCCGGCAGUGCCAAGUUCUAUUUCACCCUGCACUUCCUCAAAAAAGCCAACAGGAAGCUCCACCUCCUUCCUGUCUUGCUCACGUGCCUUACCCCCUUUGAGGAAGAUAGAAUAAGCUUGAGUUGAUAAACCCCUUACACUUUGCCCCCCAUCCCCACCCCAGCCUGUGAACUAUGAUACUGCAGUUUACAAUUCAGGACAUAAGACAAAACAUGCAAUAACUGACUCUCAGGUUGGGGAUGAUUAUUUUAAGCAUUUUACAUUCAAGCCAAACAUCAGUGAAUAGUUAACUUGUGUGUGGGUGGUUUCAGACAUGAUUCUUUUCUCCCAGUUCUGAUAUGAAGAAUAUUUGUUUUAUAAAUGGAUUGUGUCAUGUAGGCAAUUUUCCUUUUUUGUUUUUCACUGCCCAAUUUUCAAUCAGUGUCUAAUCUUGUUCACUCUUUCUUUUCUUACCACUUUACACAUGAUAAAUAUAUGCAUAUAUAUAAAUAAAUAUAUAUAUAUAUAUUCUGUUGGACCUAUAAGGUGCUUCUUGUUAUUGAGAUACUAUUUUAUGUAUAGAAGUAUUUUCAAUACAGUGCAACUCAGAGAUGAGCGGAAUUUCUGUUUGAUUUAUUAAACAAUGAUUUGUAUUCA